AUGACUCGCAGAGCAGACUACGACGACAGUAUCCCCCUGAGUGACAACGCUAUUCAAGCGGGUGACACCAAGGUCCACGGUAUCAACCCUGCAAAAGCCGAACUGGGUCGCGUUCAUAGAACAGUGGAACUUCCUGAUGAAGGUCUCAAUGCAAAUCACUUGUGCAGUGGAAGAGGCAGCUCCAGUCCGACUCAGUUCGGUAGUGGAAAGGGAGGCCAUAGCCCCAAAGCUCUUCGAGAAAACAAGGUAUUCGCAAUGCCGAUAGGGUAUGAGUUAUAA